CUAUAUAUAGAUAGGUAGGUAAGUAGGUUUACCGUGCUCAUAUACCACUGGAGUUUCGAACACGCCUAUCCCGAGUCAGGUCUUCGAUAAGAAAACAACUCUAGAUGUUACAUCCUGUUGGCUACGAUUAAGUUUUUUUCCAUAACGAAUGUACUUUUAAACACGGAUGUAAGGCUAUCUCUUGGGAACUAUUUUUUGUUUGUUCAUGAUCUUGAAAAUUGAUAUUGUUUAAAGUACAUACACUUAGAGGUUGUAUUUAGUGAUUAAACUAAUAGCAAUGGUAAGAAUAGCGCCAUGGAGGCACAGUGUUAAGAGAAUAUGCGCAUCUGGAUGUAUUGCUGUUGUAAUAUAUUUCCUAUACAUUUACGUUUACCGUGGAUAUUCAGCAACUACACAUACAGAUUUUGAUUAUGAACUGGAAUCUCAGCGUUUGGGUGUUCAUGUAUCACCAGUGUCGUCUGAUGGAUGUGAUUUUAGUUCAAAAUGGAGAAGAAACCCGACAGUUGCUAAUUUGAGUCUCACAUCUCAAGUCUGGGUCCGAUCUGACACGGCGGCGGACAUUUUUGUUUAUUCUGCGUAUUACGACGUCGACGACGACAACGUGCCAGUCAUCAGAGUGAUCGGCAUCGGGCCACGGACGGGAACACACCACGUGAUAUGUCUUGUACAGUGGUCUGCUGAUUCCACGUGUUUGGAAGAUCGACCCGCCACUGUAGAAAUUAUGCCAGAACACAACUCCAAAAGAUAUUCUGCGUUAUUUCUCAUCUGCGAUGUGAGUGUGCUAAGCGACAGAAAGCCGUACGCUGUCUCAAUAACUAAAGAGAAUAGUACCAGUCUGAAAAAUAGACUUUUAGUGAAGUAUCCUGAACCACUCCGCUUCAACAUCACCGUUUGUUUUUCUUGCAUUCAUUCAAAAUAUAAUGAUGAAAGAGAAACUAUUCAAACAAUAGAAAUGGACCAAAUUUUAGGCGCUGAACAUUUUGUUGCCUAUGAUUUUUCAAUAGGAGGUAAAGUCGAAAACGUGUUCAUGUACUAUUCCAAUCAAGGAAUUGUGGAUAUAAACGUCUGGAACUUGCCACGGGUACAGAUUCACUAUUUUGGCCAGUUGGCAGCGAUUAACGACUGUGUGUAUUCGAACAGAGGAAGAUCGAAGUAUAUAAUUGUGAAGGAUCUCGAUGAAAUUCUAGUUCCAUACAAGGACAAAACUCUACCAACUCUCAUCAACAGGAUGAUGACAGAGAAUCCUGAGGUUGCUGCCAUCUUAUUUAAAAACUCAUAUUUCAAUAAACGAUGGCCGGAUGACACGAAGGGAUUCCAGGAUGGUCGCAGGGCAAAGCGAUUUGAGCUUUACAUGUUGUUGAAGGUAUGGCGAGAAAAUUUCAUAUGGCCUAGAAACAGAAUGAAAUCUAUAAUCCUACCUAGCAGAAUACACACUUGUGGAAUUCACGCUCCUCAGAAGGUUCGAAACGGAUUUAAGAGGAUUAAAGUAAAACCUACAGAAGGUUUGCUUCAGCAUUACAAAAAAUUGCCGACAGAACAGACAAGAAAAGGUAGAAUAAAAGAAGACUUUCUUAGAUUAUACAGUAAGCAACUUAUAUACAAAUUUAAAAGAACUUUCAGCAUUAUACACAGCAAUGAUGUCGUAUCGGACACGUAGAAGUAGCGUUACAAAUACCUAGACAUUUUUUGCUUGAAGUCGUUGUCAUCAUAAGGGGCGGGGCGUAGCCCAGUGGUAAAGUGCUCGCUUGAUGCGUGGUCGAUUUGGGAUCUAUUCCCGUCGGUGAGCCCAUUGGGCUAUUUCUUGUUCCAGCCAGUGCACCACGACUGGUAUAUCAAAGGUCGUAGUAUGUACUAUCCUGUCUAUGGGAUAAUUAAUAAAUCAAUGUGCUCUAGUGGUGUCGUUAACAAAACAAACUUUAACUCUUCUUUCUUUGUCAUCAUAAGAAUAUAAUUUGUUCCAUUUAUUGGCGAUUUGUAUACUUUUGGACAGUUAUAUAUUAGACAAAAGGCGUCAUUUUGAUUUUUGAAAAUUUAAAAAUUUAAAAAGGAAGUUUAUAUAUUUAUGGUGGAUGUUUUUCAGUGGUUUCGUUUUUUAAAUUAUUAUUAUUCUUUUUUUUGUUUGCGGUUUUUUGUUGUUUGUUUGUUGUUUUCGUUUAGUUUGUUAUUCAUAGAACAUAAUAUUUUCAUCGUUUAGUGAACAGAUAAACAUUUUUCUUACACAUGCGUUGGUACGAACAUCAAACCAAAUUUAUUUAUUUUAUUUAUUAUUAUUAUUAUUAUUAUUAUUUAUUUAUUUAUUUAUUUAUCUAUCUAUCUAUUUUUGUGGGGGUUUUGUGCUGGGAUUUUCUCCGUUAAGUUUGUUAUUUAUUUAACAUAUUUUCAUGAAACCUAGUAGAUACCCAUCCUCUAAAUAACACACAAAUUCAUCCAUCCAUCCAUCCAUCCAUCCAUCCAUAUAUUCAUUCAUCCAUCCAUCCAUAUAUUCAUUCAUCCAUCCAUCCAUAUAUUCAUUCAUCCAUCCAUCUAUAUAUUCAUUCAUUCAUCCAUCCAUAUAUUCAUUCAUCCAUCCAUUUAUUCAUCCAAUCUAUCCAUCGUUUAGUGAACAGAGAUAAACAGUUUCCUUACACAUCCGUUGGUAAACGAUUUAUUUAUUUUAUUUAUAUUUAUUAUUAUUAUUAUUUUAAAAUCUUUAUUAUCCCAGAUCACUGGUAAUGUCAAAGUUGGAGUGCUUUGUACCAUCUUUUUACACUGUACAACAAUGAAAUUAUAACAUGAUUGUGUGUACAUAUAUAACUAAUUAUAUGAUAAAGGCAUACGUACACACACACACACACACAC